AUCUAUGGAUGACUGUGUUCUAUUGUUGUCUCAUUAAAGAUGCUAUUCAUGCAAGAAACUUAUUGUUCAUCAUUACUAGUCUUGAAUGAAGAAGAAUGAGCAUUUCUUUCUUGGUGGGUUAAGUUUGGAGAAAGAAAACCAUUUCUUGCUCGUAUUUCGAUUAAAAUAUGGAAGAGUUGGUUUUAAGUGGACAAAUACUCGUGGGGGUUUUCCUAUCGAUAACUUUGACUGCGUUUAUUACCGUAGCGAUGAGAGCUCCACUACUUUCUUUGUUCAAAACUCAUCCGACACCUUGUCUUUCUUCGCAUAAACUAUUUAUACGGAGUAGAUAAGAAUGGCGGCUAUCUUAAAGAGAAGUGUUUUGACAAGAACCAACGCUGCUUUCCUUCCUAAUGACCAAUUCUUAUGCCGCAAAAAACUCUUCAUAGACGAAACUCGAGGAUUAUUACAACAAGAUAAAGAACAUUUGAACAACGAUGUUCCAUCCAUUGAUAAGUUGACUUCCUUGAUGAAGCCUCAUCUACUCCGUACCAAAGUACUUGAAAAUAUAGCCAACGUAGGACCUCAAAUGGCGUUGGGAGCUUGGAUUAGAACGAUGUUUCAUGGUUAUGUGGUUUGUAGGUUACCAUUUUGGGUACCAGAACGAUUUCGUUCCAUGUUACAGUCGGGUAUUGAAAUGAUGGGAGAAUCGUUAGAUAUACGUUAUGUGAGUGGUCUCUCAUGGUAUAUUCUCAACAUUUUUGGUUUGCAAGGCUUUUUAUUUCUGUUGGAUGGAACAAGGGAAGUUGAAGAUAUGCAGUUUGGAUCUCUUCCUGAGGAGAUACCAGAAAUGCAAACCAAAAUGCUGAUGAAACAAGAAAAAGAACAAUGGAAAGGAAUGGAUUAUCAUUGGAAAUUGGAAAACAUCGAAGAAGAAUUGCUUGGAAAAGAUUCCAUAAAGUGACUUUAUUUUGUAAAAUAUCCCAUAAAAUAUAUCCAGUUUUUUCUCU